CCUUUCGCAGACAGACUUUGACGGCCCGCGCGCGAGCCAAUUGCAUCGCAAAUAGCGCUCAGCUGGUCAGCGCGAAGCCGCGCCAGCACCGCUGACCCGCGCAGCCAGUUCUCGUUGCGCCGCGGUACCCCUAGACCGAAUAGACUCAGACCCUCCACAGCCGCGCGCGUAGGACGACCAUGUCCAUCCGCUCGCAAGAAAAGGUCGACCGCACGGGCUUCGCGGAAGAGGAGAUCGCCAAGGCCAGGCAAGCCUUAGAAGUCUCCAGUAAUUUAGACGACCCCGCCGUCGUCGAGGCCUUGCUGCAGUGCGAAAAAAAGUGCCGCCUGUCGAACGACGCCAUCGCGACGAAGAAUGUGUGCGUCGCUAUUCUGAAGCUAUGUCGCGAGAAGCAGGCUUGGAGCCAUUUGAUCGCGAACUCGCAACUCCUCGCCAAGAGAAGAUCACAGUCAAAAGUAGCGAUCACGGGAAUAGUCGCCCAGGGCCUGGAGCAGCUCGAAGACACUUCCGUAAAGCUCGACGAUGCCACCAGGGAGGAAUUACUCAAGACGCUCUGCGACGUGACCGACGGGAAGAUGUACUGUGAGGCCGAGCGCGCCAAGCUCACGAGGAUGCUGUCCGCGCUCAAGGAGCGCCAGGGGGACGUGGCUUCCGCUGCUGAUAUUCUCCAGGACGUGAACGUGGAGACGUGUGUUCUCGGCGUCCUUUCUACGACGUGGACGCGUCGCGUCGACGCGCGCGCGAUGGCGUGCGUGGAGGCAUCGCGUCGCCAUCGACGCCAUCGACGACGCACAUCAAACGCAGGUACGGCGCAUUAUCAAAGAGAGAAAAGGUCGACUACAUCUUGGACCAGGUGCGACUCAUGCUCGCGAAGGGCGAUCGGGUCCGAGCCUACAUCCUCUCGAAGAAAGUGCAGAGAAAAACUCUGGAGGAGGACGACCUCCAGGACCUGAAGGUGCGGUUCUACAAGCUCAUGAGCGAGUACCACGUCCUCGAAGACGCGCCUUUUGACCUCGCGCAAAAUUUCUGGGCCAUAUUUAAUACGAAGACGGUCCAGGACGACGAGGCGUCGUGGCGCGACGCUCUCAGUUCCACAGCGCUGUUCCUGGCUCUCAGUCAACAUGCUCCUGGCGUCUCGGACAUGAUGCACCGCGUCCUGGCCGACGCGACGGCUGCUCCCAAGUUGGAGAAACUACCGACAGCGAAACAUUUGCUCACGUUAUUCACUACUCAGGAAAUAGUAGCCUACCCAUUAACGGAGGAGCACCAACGAGCCGUCGAGGCGCACCCCGCGCUUCAUACGGCCGGUGCAGAAAUCCAUCAGCGGUGGAAAAAUACACUGAGGGAGCGAGUGAUACAACAUAACAUUAGGGUCGUCUCGGGCUAUUAUCGACAACUCAGCAUGGCGCGGCUGGCGAACUUACUUGGACUUAGUGUCGAUGAAGCUGAAAAACAUGUUAGUGACAUGGUCUCGGACUCGGGCCUGUACGCGAAGAUCGACCGGCCGAAGGGUAUCAUAGUGUUCGCGAAGCCCCAGUCGCCCGACGAGGUGCUCCAGGACUGGGCCUCGGACAUCUCGAAGAUGCUGUCGCUGGUCGAGACGACGUGCUACCUCAUCAACAAGGAGACGAUGAUGCACAAGAAGGCGCUCGAGGCCUAGCUCUUAACUGUCUUUUAUUCCGUUUA